AUGGCUCAAAUUUUUCGUCUCAACCUUUUUCGUAACUCUCAACAGAGUUCUUCUCACCUGUUCUUUCGUAACCUUCCUUCACUAUUCAUUCAAUCUUAUUCUACUGAACCAUUGUUUAAAUCGAGACCAGCUCCAGUUCCAUUGGCAAAUCCACGGGAACAAAAAGAAUUUGAAGAAUUGGUUCGUAAAAAUCAGGGUUCCUUUACUUCCGACAGUGUACAGAUGGAUGAAGAAGAAUUGUUGUCAUCAACGCAUCCUGAUCUACGAAAAAAACCUCCUCCUCAAUUCGAAGGUGAUAAAAAUCCUGAAACAGGUGAAAUUGGUGGACCUAAACAAGAACCUCUAAUACAUGGUGAUUGGAGUUACGCUGGAGGUUUAAUCUAUCAAAAAGACUUUAGUGAAGGCCUAAACAAGCUUACUUCUAACGAAUAUUUGGUAUUAGCAGGAACAUUCCAUGGAGUACAUGCUAUAACUUCAAAAAUAUCACCGGUUCGAAACGCAACUUCUUCGGGUUUAGAAGUACUUGAAGCGGACACUUUCAAAUUAUGUUGUUAUCAAACAUUAACAGGUACAAAAUUUUUAAUCAUUGCUGAGCCAACCCACGGAAACAUUGAUUUAUUACUUCGUCGUACUUAUGAUAUUUAUUGUGAUUAUGUUAUGAAAAAUCCUUUUUAUACACCUGAAAUGCCAAUUAAAUCUGAAUUAUUUGAUUCAAACUUAGCCAAAUUAAUUAAACAAGUUAGUUCUUAA